UGCGCUUAAAAAAAAAAAAAGCUGCUGGAGGUUAAAUGGGCCGUCGGAAUAAGAGCGUUAGCGGCAUUAUCUCAUAAGUAAAUACAAUCGCUUCGGAAAACGGCGGAUUCGGCUUAAAUAAAAGCAUGAUUUACAGCCCGGGAGCCGAUGGCAACCAACACUCCAGCGAGAAUAGAAAGUGGAUGAUUAAAAGGCAGCUUCAGGAAUAAUCAUGAUGUGCAGCCAUGAGUCGAGAACUAUUUUAAUACGGAAAAUAUGAAUCCUCUAACAUUUGAAACGCUGUAAUUUCAAACCGCCUUUGCACAACAAUAAUGCACGCAGGCAUGAGAGGGAGAGACGGGGGGGGGGUGAAACAAUGGUCCCGCGACUCCCGCAGGCCGCGUGAACCCUGCAUGGUCCCCAGCUCGAGCCCCUGCCCUGUCCAGCGCGAGGACUAAUGGAACGGUGAGCCAGCGGUCAACGAGUCGGAUUGACCCUCGCGCGACCCGACGGCAGCUAGGCUACAUUCUUAAGGGAAGAAUGCUCUUUUCAACAAAAACAAAACAAAAAAAAAAAACCUAAAACGAUGUUGUUGUUGCAUCUAAAAGGGAGUCCGCCAAAGUUCAGCGCUCUGAAAAGGUGCAAGCUAAUGAUUCCUGUAUUCUAAAGUCCCAUUCAGCAGGAGAGGCUGAGGCUGGAGUCUGUGUGAAAAAUGAAAGUUUUAGGUCAAAGUCCUUUUUUUUUUUUUUUUUUUUAGAGCGGGCAUGGAUUAAUAGUCCUCAACUCAAUAGAUUCCUCCUCACUCUGCAUCUGCAGAUACGUCUUUACUUAUCAUUACUCAACUAAACCCAUUCAAACACGCCGAGAAUCAAUGUUUGGCCCCAGCGUUUAAAGAACUCCUUUGUGUUCACCCUUCAUCAAGCUAAAUCUUGCUUUUACAUAAAGUUCAGCCGGCUCCCUCCAACGCCAGACCACAGCAGCUCCAGCAACAAAUGGUUCAGGGCUUUCAGCCCCUCAUCCAGGACCGACGUGGGAAUUUACCAAACGUAAACAGCGGCGCCGAAGUCAAUGCCAGAGCUCGUCGCCCGAGGGCACGAGCUGAGCAGGCAACCCCUGACGACGUGGAACCCGACCACGCACGGCCAACACGCACGAGCGUGCACGAGCGAGAGACGACAGCAGAGACCCGAGGCACGCAGGGCGAAUCUCAGAUGUGAUAUCUUCACUGGCGUUGACAAAACGAGUUGGAUAAAAAUCAAUACGUACUAUAUUCUACCCUUUAUUUAAUAUGUGCACAAGCAAAGUGUGCAGAGACACAACAGAUGGACACAUCAGUCAUGUUGUUAAAAUUGCCUUUCAGUGCAGGUUGCCAGAUUAUAAUUUAAACCCUCGGUGGUUCCGCUGGAAGACGGCAGAUGUUGAAUGAUAAACACCUAUGGGGAGGAGGAGGAGGGUGGUCGUAUGUUUCAUACUUCCCCCCUCAAGGCCGCGUUCUGACAAAGCGACGUAUGAUCCUCGCCGAGUCCCAUCUGAAGUUGGGGGGGGGCCAAGUCCGGACGCCACCGGAGCCUCCCCGCUCGGUGGCUGCCAUGAAAGCAACUGCCAACAUGGUCACGUCCUCAAAACCAGUGAGUCCUGGCCGACUGGUGAAGCUGUGCAAGAAAUAUGGAUCGACCGACCGCUGUGGUCUCGUGUUCGGAUUAACACACAGAGGUUGUUGGAGCGAAAGGAGGCCUCUUGGGUUUCUCAGUCAAACGCGUUAUCCUUUAAUUGGCCUUUAACAUUGCCACAUGGCCAACGCCUUACGUUGUGUUUCUCCACCAACUCUCACUGUGAUUCAAAUGACUUCGUUGAAUCAGUUUAUUUAAUAGUAAGAUCUGUCAAAACUCCAGUUUCUCCAAUCACACAAAAGCACCGUGAUGAACUCGUGAAUAUUCUACAUCAAGCAAAGGUCUAAAUGAACGACAAUAUCUCCCAUUGGUUUGGACCAAAGCAACAAAUUAGUCAUCUAAUCAACUAAGUGAAGGCGGCGCUUGUAUUUCUGUAAAUCUCUCUCCCACGUGACACAUUUCACAUUUCAUGUCCCCAAUCCCCAUCCGCCGCUCACAGGCUGCCAGUCCUGCAGAUAUCUUGCUUGCCCCCCAGUAAUUACACUGAUAUACCAGAAAAAAUGUGGUGUGUCCUCGAUGAUUUAUUGAUGUCAAAAAGCUACAUGCUACCAGCCCCAUUAAUGGGCUCAAUAAAUUACACAAUGACCCUGACGUGUUGAGCAAUGGAAACAUGCACGUUUUCGAAAAGGCUGCGAGUCAACGGUGAUUCAUGGCAAAUAAAAGAAGAAAAAAAAACUGAAAAACACAAGUGUAAAUCUCAGCGAAGGAGAAGAAGUCAUCAGCAGCCGGCCGUGAAGUGAACCUUCGCCUGUAUAUACCCUGUAGAACCGAAUGUGUGUGGAGGUGCCCCGGUCACAGAUUGGGUUCUAGGGGAGUCUAUGGGCGAUGACUAACCAUCCAUCAAAGAGAAAGAAAAAAAAACCUGGUGAGCGCUCUGCGGUCCUGCUCUACUUCACUCUCCACGAGGCUCUGCUUUCAGGCCGCUCAGCAUCAAGCAGAGGUCAGCUGGUGCUGUUUGCUCAUGGGGCUGAGGCUGAGCGGGACGUGAUUACUGCCUGGGUCUAAUUCCCCGGGAGCAUUAAGGCCCUCUCGGCUGAGCGUCCAUCAAGACAUCAACCCCAACGCAACAUGGCUCGCCGCCUCCAUUCCCGGGGCCUCCUGCAGCUUCCUCACACUUUGCCGUCACUCCUCAUCGAGCGUCUCGUUCCUCUGCACAUUCACACUGUCCAUGGCAGCGACUCACACACUUCCCAUCCAAAGUGGCAUCAGCAGCUUUUUCUUCAACCGUAUUAAGUCAAUUUAGUCCAUUCAUGUCUGGACCUUUCACAGUACUCCAGCACGUUUAAGGAGUUUGACUCCAGGCUUUGCAUCCGUCUGUAUAACACAGACACAUAGGAAAUACAGAAUAUAUAAACACAAUGAGAACAUGUAGUGCAAAGGAUUAUUAGACGGAUUUACGUGAAUGUAAAGAUGACAUAUAAUAUAACAGGGUUGCCACAUUGUCAGAAAUGGGAGCGUAAAGCCGACAAAAGGGCCAAAAGUCCUCCUGCCAAAUGAAUUAACCUCUUGCAGAGUGUGGCGUAUAAGUACUUUGCUCAGUGGAAGUUAUUUAAGAGCAGCAAGGGACUUAUUUGCCCCCAGAUGUUUGUUUUCAUGUUUAAAAGAAAGGGCUUUUAAAUGUCCCUCAUCGAAAACCAAAAACGCGAAGCAAUCCAAAAAAGGGAAACUUAGACGUCUCAUUUAUAGCUUAUAAGUCAUUUCAUUAUGAGAUAAAUGACUCAUUAGACUGAUCCUUUUUAGCCAUGCGGGCAAAAAUAGUCAUCUUCCAGCCGUUUACACCCGCUGCAUGAGCGGCUUUAAUGUCUGCAGCCAAACCAAUCCCGUUCUCCCGGCUCUCUCCAGCACCGCGGGGGGUAUGAGGCAGAAGUAAAAGCGCAUCCAGGACCGAUUGGGCGCGUUCGGCCGCGGCCUCGGACCUCCAUCCGCAAGACGGGACCCCCCCCCGACAGCGUGAUGGAUAAAACACCAAUUCACGGCGCAAACGCCAUUUUUCAGCAUUUCGUGUAAUUUAUGGCCAAAGACAACAUAUUCACGCAUGAGCCCCUCUUUUAUUAUCAAACGGCCCUUUUCUCUCCGUGUGCGGGCUUUCAUUUAACAUAUUCUCACUUAUCUCUUUCACGUUUCUUCGAUUUUAGACUGCGCGUAAUUCGCCUUCAUUUCUCAGCCCUGUCGCGUUUUUUCUCGUUAACUGGCUUUCGCAUCAUUUUUUUCUCUCCCCAAGCCGAGCACCGCAUUUAAAAGCCGAGGUGGUGGUGGUGGUGAACGGGACACCUCGGGCUGACCCCCGGCCCUAACAAAGCCAGCUACUAGUCACUGUCUGGGGGGCUUUCAUCUCAUUCUCUUAUUGGAGGCCCCUUUCUGACCGGCCAUGUUUUGUUGUCCCCCCCCCUCCUUUGACUCGCCACAAGGCCAAAUAUGGCCCCGCCAGGUCCCUCAAUAUGGAGAGAUCAGAUUUUUAAGCUGCGGCCAUCUGUGCGGGGGUAAAAGGCAGUCACCUAAAACUGAUAAAUCUACAGUCCGCUCGCGUUUUCAAUAGUUUGUGGGAGGGGUCGGGAGGAGACAAUAACAGAUGCAUGAAUAGAUGGAUGGAAAGAUGGACGGAUUGAUAGAGAGCAAGAUGUUCGAUGGAUGAUAAAUUCAUAAAUGGAUAGAACCAGAGAAGGAUAGAUCGAAAAAGAGAAAUUAAAAGAUAUCACAUGCGUCUCACUAUCUAAAUGAAGUGAGGUGGAUCUGAAUGACAAUCACUCUUUAUGGCAAAUGAUUCUGAACGUUAAGUCCACAAACAUCUAUUCUUAAACCCCCCCAACGAAACUUCAUUAGUCCUAUAAUGACCCCCCCCCCCCUCUUCAAAUUAUCCCAUUACGUCUGACAUAAACAACCCGAAGAGGCCUCUCUCAUUGGCUGGCCGCAGGGUCACGUGUCCCGUGCGGCCGUCCGUCUAUUUGACAGCCGCAGGAUGGCUUGAUGCCAGAGGGGGAAAGAGACAGAGAGAGGGGAGAGAAAGAAAAAUUAGUAUUCUCCUACCAGCCUCGCUAUAAAUCAAUCAUGGACUCCUACGUGGUGAGCUGUAAAUAUGCUGAGCCGCAGUUCCCGCCUUGUGAAGAAGAUUACAGUAAUUUUAGUGACCAAGGGGUUUUUUACAACAACCCCCAGGACAGUGGCAGUUAUGCGGGGGGCUAUCAGCCCUUGGAGCCCCCUCCGCCUCCGUACAUGCCACAACAAACCGGCUAUCACUCUUCGCAGGGGAACCGCCGGGAGGAUGGAGAGGACCACUCGCAGCACCAAGCUGCGCCCUUCCGCGGCUGCAGAGAGGCGGGGGGCACCGGGAAGGAGUCGAGGUUCCCCGCGGCUGACCUGCAGUGCCAGGCCUGGAUGACCUGCGCAAAGCCCGCUCAGGUGCAGAGGAAAACGGCCUGCCAGGGAAAGGACAAGCCGCCUAUUGUUGUCUACCCGUGGAUGAAGAAAGUGCACAUCGCUCACGUGAACCCGAACCACGUGGGCCCGGAACCGAAGCGACUGCGGACGGCCUACACGCGCCCGCAGGUCCUCGAGCUCGAGAAGGAGUUCCACUUCAGCCGGUACCUCACGCGCCGCCGCCGCGUCGAGGUGGCCCACGCGCUCUACCUGUCCGAGCGGCAGGUGAAGGUGUGGUUCCAGAACCGGCGCAUGCGCUGGAAGAAGGACCACAAGCUGCCGAACACCAAAGGGAGGAGCAAAAACAAGAAGGCGACGGACAACAACAACAACAACAACAACAACAACAACAACAGCAGCAGCAGCAGCAGCAGCGUGAAGGAGGUGGUCGCCGUGUGAAGACGCACGCGGGGCUCGCCGGUCGAGAGGCCGCCAUGUUGGCACCUUCUCUCUCCGAGACGCGGCGCGUUGACCCGGACGAACUGCUCCAAACGCCACAGGCUCUGCAUUGCAGGGGGCUGUACGUUUGCUCAUGUAUUUUGACUUAUAUCUUAACUUUGAGUUGUUUUUUUUUUUAAAUAUUUCUGUUGUGUUGAGGUCGCAUCCCAUUCCACUUUAGUAUUUAAUUCAUUUAACGAACGUUUUGAGUCUUACAUUUCGGCAAACGUCUCGGUGGAUGGUCGGACAUCUCUCUGGAGAAAUGAAGGAAUCGCUAGAAAGGCCCGUGGUGCUUAUUGGAGAGAUUGUGUCUCUUGGAGAAAACAGGGUUUUUAUUUCUACAGGGUAAACAUAAUACAGGGUUUUAUAGUAAAAAAUAACUUAUUAAUAUGCACAUUACCAAAACGUUGUUUCACACAAACCGGCGCUUAAAGGAGCGAAAUAAUACAACAGGAGACUCGCCGAAUGGCUUGUUAACGAACAACAGUUGAACAAAUAAGGCUUUUAUUUUGCAUUAUUUUAUAGAGGUGCCUGCAGAAAGGAUGUUUAGUAGGAUAAGUAGCCAUAAGGUGCAGAUUCUUUUUUUUAUCUCCAAAGAUGAAUGAACUCGAGAGAAAGUCAUACAUUACUUACGGGGAAAU